AUGGAGGCCCCAGCUCCAACCCCUCAGUCCCGAAUUUUGGGCCGCUCCUCCAUGUUCCGCUUUUUCCGUAGCCUGGUGGGGAGCAGGGGCAGCCCAAAGAGCUCUGACAAGGCCCGGUUGCGGAGGCGGGCAUGCCCCUCACAACAGCAAGAUGCCACCCCGCUGAUGAUGAACCGCCAGGGAGGCGUGGGGAGGAAGGAGCCAAAGCUGCCCACCACACUGCCCUACACGCUGUCUGUGGCCUUGCCACGGCACGAUCCCUCAGGGCUAGGGAUGGGGGACGUGGGGGCCCAGACCCCCACGCCCAUGGAGGUCCUGAGGGUGGGGGCCCAGGGUGGAGAGGUGAAGCCCACCCUGUCCAGGGGGAGCCAGGAGGUGCUGGGCAGCCCGUCUGAGAAGGAGGAGGCAAUAGGGGAGGCCUCCGGGGAUAUGAGGACCUCAGACAGGGGCCACUUUGCCCAAGCCUUGGAGGUGGAACAAAGAUGCCCACAGAGGGCCAUGGGGCCACUGGAGGUCAGCCCCAAGACCUUCACCAGGGAGGAGGAGAAGGAGUGUCUGCUUGACGGAGACCUCAGGCUGGCCUCUGCAAAGGUGGGGGCAACUCCUUGGAACCGCCUCCUCACCUUGUACAAGCAGCUUCAGAAAUCAGCCACGGCCAAAUUUCCUCUCAAGGAAGGCUUGCCUGAUGAGGAGAAAGGCAAGGAACAGGAAAUGGAGGAAGAGAACAGCUCAUUCAAUCUCUGUGUCCCAGGCAUUGUCACCCUGCAGUCACCGCUGCAUAAGACUUUUAGGUCAACAGAUACAGUGGGUUUUGUGGAGUCGGAGUUAAAGAAGCUUCUGGCAGUACAACGGGAGUCCCGCCUCUGGAAGAUGGGCAGCCAUGAGGGCCGGGAGCUGCUGACCCAGCCAGAGAUCACCCUGGAGGAGGCGGGCAUUGUGGACGGCCAGCACUUGCUCCUGGAGGAGAUGGAUGAGAUGGGGAACUGGCCUCCAGAGUGAAGCUGGUGCUGGCCCUGAGUCUGCCCUGCUCCCGCAUCCCUUCAGCCCGAGUAGAAUUUAGCCUCCCUCUCAGGAGGGCACAUCCAAGGCACCCCUGGGCCCAAGGGGUCUUGAGAUCAAUGGUAUCCAUGUGUCUGCAGGAUGGGCCUGCCCAGCAGAAUGUCCCCACUCAUCAGACUCAGGCCUGUGCUGUUAUUAAUAAAGCCCACUUUGACUU